AUGAGGCGUGUCCAUGACUACACCUCAUCUGAUAAAGCCAGCUCUCCAGAAGGAUCUCCAGUUUCCGGAAACAUUGGAAAGAAGAAGGAACCUGCAGUCCGCAAAAGGAAGGGAGGCUCGCCAAACAGCCAAACCAUGAAGCGAGUUCGGCCAGUUCAAUCUCAAACUGCGGCUGCCCUCAAGCUCGCCCAGGCGCACAGUGGUCAGCAGCUACAAAACGCAGAGAGAAGCUACUAUGCCUGUCUUGCUCAUCUCCAAGAGGAGCUCAAGGAUAUCAACCCUCAAGAUCCCACCCUGCAUGAAAAAGCCAAUGCCAGACUACAGGAACUUCACACUCUGAGCCUUAACUACCGCUAUAUUCGCGCUGGACAGCUUGCUAAUGAAAGGGCAUCCAAAUCAUCCUGA